AAGGCGCGCGGAGGAACCGCCCGAAUUCAGCCUCCGGCCGGGGCGACAAGCGCGAGGCGGGUCUCGCUCUCCCGACCGGCUUGGUGCCCAAUCGCCGCGGGCCCGCCGAGCCCCGGGGGGCUGGAGGGGGGGCCGCCGCCGCCGCCGGAACGUGCCGCGGCUGCGCCGACGCGCGAGCGCGGGGCAGGGCGGCGGGCGCGCUCAGUCUGGCGGCGGCGGCCGUGCGCGGACGGACAUCCCCGAGCGCCGCAGCCGCCCGCAGCCCAACUGCGCCGCGCCGCGCCGCCCGGGCCGAGCCCGCCCGCCCGCCAUGGUGUCAUGGAUCAUCUCCAGGCUGGUGGUGCUUAUAUUUGGCACCCUUUACCCUGCGUAUUAUUCCUACAAGGCUGUAAAAUCAAAGGACAUUAAAGAAUAUGUCAAAUGGAUGAUGUACUGGAUUAUAUUUGCACUUUUCACCACAGCAGAAACAUUCACCGACAUCUUCCUUUGUUGGUUUCCAUUCUAUUAUGAACUAAAAAUAGCAUUUGUAGCCUGGCUGCUGUCUCCCUACACAAAAGGCUCCAGCCUCCUGUACAGGAAGUUUGUACAUCCCACGCUGUCUUCAAAAGAAAAGGAAAUUGAUGAUUGCCUGGUCCAAGCAAAAGACCGAAGUUAUGAUGCCCUUGUGCACUUUGGGAAGCGAGGCUUGAACGUGGCAGCCACGGCGGCGGUGAUGGCUGCUUCCAAGGUGGCUCGACUCUUUCAUAUUGUCUCCUCUUUGGACCUCAGAGAAGGGCAGGUAACCCUGUUGAGAGGUGUGACUAACUCCAAACUGAUCCAAUCGGGUAGAGAGGCCAGCUGCCACCUCUGCUCACCAGCACCGGGUCUGGAUCGGAGCCAGGUGUCUCUCCCGUGGACACCUGUGUGUGUACAUGGACAGGGUGCCUUAUCAGAGAGACUCCGGAGCUUCAGCAUGCAGGACCUCACCACCAUCAGGGGCGACGGUGCCCCUGCUCCCUCAGGCCCCCCCCCACCGGGCUCUGGGCGGGCCAGCAGCAAACACGGCCAGCCUAAGAUGUCCAGGAGUGCUUCUGAGAGUGCUGGCAGCUCAGUGUGUACCUGCUGCUCCACCUGCAGGAACCGGAAAGUGGUUGAGGGAGAUGUGAAUGAGGGUGUGGAGGCAUGGGAGCCUCAGGUCCAAAAUCCCAUCCAAAACCCGCUGGCGUUUUCUGACGAUGAGGAGGAAGACCUGCUGGAUUUCAUGUACAAGUAUAAGGCCCCUCGAAAGACGGAGUUUCCCUUGGAGGCACCGCCUAGAGUCCUUCGAUCUCACUUCCGGAAGAAAAGUACCUCAUCCUCGGCCACUGAAACCACGUGAGAUGAGCCAACAGCACCAGAUCCACAGAAUGUUUCCUCUCUGCCUUAAAGAGCUAGUCUAAUAACAGAAAUCCGCAGGCUGGUGUGCUCCGAGUGCAGCCUCACAGACAUGGCCUUUCCUCUCUCCCCUCUUCCACUCUGCAGAUUUUUCCCCUUUUAUUUUAAGGCUGGGGAGAGGCUACAGGGAGUGUUAGUGUGUGUGUGGGGGGUGACAUUUAAGUCUUCUGAGGUUAGUCAUUUUCCACAACUGGAUUGUUAUUACAGACAGCAAUGUGUUUUUAGAUGAGAAUUGCCCUCACACUGCUGAGAUGUACAUUUGUAAUUUAUUUGUUGCAUACUUUGUUUUUAGUCCUGUAAACAGAGCAAUUUUUUAAAACUUUUUUUUGUUCUUGGUACUAAUACUUUGGACGAUGGUGUAUAUAUUUGUGGCUUGUGGCUUAUUAGAGUCGACAGCAAGGGCUGCCAGAGGUUCUGAUAUGUAAGACAACAGCAACAACAGAAAUGUAAAAAAUUCUUUGGAUUCUAGAGAAUGUCUCAGAUGAGCUUAUAAAGCUUCCAGACACAACUCCAGUAACACAUCGUUUUACCCACAGAAGGAUGAUCCAUAUGAAUUCUUCAGGCAGUUGCUUAGUCAGCACACUGGGGUUUAGAAUGAGAGACAAUAUUUUAGUGAUAGAGAUGAGUGUAAUGAGAGGCCAGGGGAACAGCCUAGAAUAAGGAAGAGCUGUGGGAAGCUCGUCUCCCCCUCAGACUUGGGAUUAGGAGCUUCUGAAUCCUUGUAUGGGAAUUAAUCAUUGCCGUAGGCAGGUGGCUCACCCUUGUAAAACUCCUUGAGGAUGUGGACUCACAGGGCUGCUGUGAGGAAUCCUUUUGAGUGUUUCAAAAGUGCUUCACAAAUAUUUAUCCUUCAUAGUAAGCAGUGUUGUGACUUAAUUCCCCAAGGAGAGGAGCCUAGAAUCUGAGCACCUUGCUGAAAUGAACAUUUAAGCAAAAACCGGUCAACCAAACCAACAAUUGUUUUCAGAUAUGCUACAAAAUACAUGAGACACCUGUGUAACAAUCAAAAUGCUGGCUUCUAGAAGUUUCAGAGCUCUUUAUGGAUAUGACUUGCUGCUCAGCUCCAUGGGAAGUUGUGGCUCACACAUUUCUGUUCUCUUCCUGGCUUGUGCAAAAUGUGAAUGAGAGGUCACAUGCUCACAGGCACCUCAGGUCUUAAACAUUUAAGACAAGCUGGGAUUGCUUAGUAGGAGAAUAAAGCACUAUCUGAGGGGACUCCCCACUUAGAUUGAGAAUUUUAUCUGAAAAGAAGAAUCUGGUUUAGAUAGCAUUUUGGUCUGAGGUAGCUGCUCUCCCCUCAGGGAGCUGAGCCUAAAUGUAGGACUCAUGUAUUGUGCGUAGAGUUGGUGUUUUCUUUCAAUGUAAUGCAUGCAGUGGUCACAAACCAGUUACUUACAUACUUGGACUGUGUUUGUUCACAGAUAUGCCCUGAAAACUAGAGAUUAGUGUUACUUCCCACAUAGAAGUUAUUGUCAACCAGCUACGAACAGGCUCAGUUAAAGACUGUUUCAUUACUGAGCUACGUGAACAUCUAUCAGUGGUCUUUGCUGAUGACACAAAGGCUGGAUCUUCCCUCAGAAAGGGUUUUACUUGAAGUUGAUUGUUGCCAGAUGCGCAUAUUUAAAUUCCUUCUCCCCAUAAUUUCUCUGAAGAUGACUUUGUAAUUUACAAAAGGAUUUAGGAAAAUAAACUAAAAGCAAAUUCAGAAGGCACGUAGAGGCUGGCUGUUCAUUGUGCCCUAAACCCAGUAAUACCUUAACCUGUUAGCGCAGACAUAAAAUGUUUUCUUCAAGUUCACUGAGUUGUUUCAGACAGAAGAAAAAUAUACCCUUUAAGAUGUAUUUACUUGUUAGUUCGGAGUACCCAGAAUUUUCAGAAGUAGCUUAACUUAAGCAGCUUUUUAGCAACUUUUUUUUUUUUUGCCAAAAUAAUAAAUGCCUUCAGCAGCAGGGGUUAAAAUCCUAUUGUGAACUAGCUGUAUUUUCACCAUUUUACAACGGAAAGUUCUAACAAGUACAGGCUAUCAAGUUUGCACUCAACUAUGCCAAAACAAGUUUGAAGCAUUCUACUCUUAGACAUGCUGUAUUACUUCUCAUCCAAGAUUUAACAAAUAUAAAGGCGUCCAAACUAC